UUGACGGCGUUUGUCGUGAGAAUUGCUUUGGUUGUUAAGAAGGGAGAACUUGAACUGGAAAUAUAAGAAUUAUAAACGAGGACGCACAACAGUGUGAAUAAUUGUUUGGUAAAACUACAGACUGAAAUAUAUUCAAAUACUAUCACCGGAAGCGGAAGUGCGAGCAAGAAUGCCGCCGAGAAGCACACAACAGCAAGAAAGGAAAGAUGAACGCCCUAGAUGGAUUAGAGAUAUACAUCCCAGAAGAGGCUCAAAUAAAGAACGUAGCAAUUUGGAGUUUACCACCCUCAGUGGUGAGAGGACUGGGCCUCCCCGCCGUGGACCCUAAUUGCGUGAAGGUACUUGCAGAUUCCCCACAAGGCAUAUGGAUCUGUCCAGCAGUCUUGCGAAGCUCAGCGACACACAACGCCCGCUCACUGCUCACUGCUGAGUUCCAGCUUUCCCAGAGUCCCUUGAAAAUCUCCUCAACCUCGUCUAGUUUGGAAGCGUAUAACGUUUUGAGGGACAAUAUGUCGGGGACCUGCCGCCCUCGUACCCCCCUCUUGUUUCACUUCGAGAAGGCACCUCACACAUCUGAGGAUGCCAUCAUCAUCUACAAGCAACAAAUUUACCUGAUGAUGAGGGUCCCUACACCAGGCCGACAGGGGACAUGUGAAGCCCGGGAGCCCAUCCCUCAUUCAGCAUCACCAGAUGAGGACCAGAAGAAGCUGGAUGAGCAGCUCGCUGCACCCCAGGACCAAGUGGAACAUUUCAAUGACAACCAAAGCCAUUUGGAACAGGCUCAUUCUGUCAUGACCUAUGAACCGCAAGAAGUUCAUCCACCCGACCGCUAUAAGUGGCUUACCAACGAGUCUCCGCAUUCAGACUUUUGCUCAACUCCCAAAGACGACUUUGACUUUAAAGAGCUGGAGCAACAGGAAAAGAUUGCUCGGAUGAAGGCAACAUUGAAAGAGAAGCUCAGCAGCCUGUGUGCCACUAAGUGAACCCUCUUUCAGGCUGAGGAAAACUGCAUGGUUUUUCCUAAGCAACUAAUCACAUUCAAGUGUUGAAAGGCUACAGUCCAACCCACCAUUAAAAAUGUCAGGAAGAUUUAAGCAUGUGGAAGGAACUUAGGUUUGUUACCAUUUGCCACCACAAGGGGGCCAUAUUGGUGGAUGUGUAGUGAUCAGACCCCAACCUAAAUCACUUGGGAAUAAGAUGUGAUCAGACCCCAACCUAAAUCACUUUGGAAUAAGAUAUGAUCAUCUUAAGUGCAGAUGUGUAAUGAUUAGACCCCAACCCAAAUCAGUUUGGAAUAAGAUGUGAUCAUCUAAAGUGCAGAAAUGACACUUUAUGCUUGUUGGCCAUGAGCAGUUUUUGUGGCCCGAAUGAUCCUGCAUAUUAUACAAGUAAGCUCUUGGGAUGUUUGGAAUGCACAGGUAUUCUAAAUUCCUGUCCAUAAGUGUGAAUGUGAAUGACAUGUGUCUUGUGAUUGGCUGGCGACCAGGGUGGUCUCUGCCUUUCACCUGAAGUGAAGUGAAUUAUAUUUAUAUAGCGCUUUUCUCUAGCGACUCAAAGCGCUUUACAUAGUGAAACCCAAUAUCUAAGUUACAUUUUUAAACCAGUGUGGGUGGCACUGGGAGCAGGUGGGUAGUGUCUUGCCCAAGGACACAACGGCAGUGACUAGGAUGAAGUCACCUGGGAUAGGCUCCAGAUCACCCGUGACCCAAAUGUGGACAAGCGGUGUGGAAAACUGAUGGAUUAACCUAUUCAACAUCCUUUAAGUGUGUGUGUGUGUGUGUGUGUUUGGAUAUAUAUAUAUAUAUAUAUAUAAACAUAUACAUAUAUACGCAUAUAUAUGUAUAUAUAAACAUAUACAUAUAUACGCAUAUAUGUAUAUACACAUAUGUAUGUGUACAUAUACACAUAUGUAUAUGAAUAUAUAUGUGUAUAUAUAUAUAUAUACAUGUAUGUAUAUAUAUGUAUACAUAUAUAUAUACAGCAGGAGGAGAUGAGUUAAUUGUGUGCAGGUGUGUGUGCCACGCUCCUGAUUCAAAUUGUGGCGGCGUCGCUCCCAGCAAGCCCCGCCUCUCUGCUCCGCCGCAUCCUCUGCCUCCUUGCCGUCACUGGGCCCUGCCCCGCCGUCGGCCCGUUGGCGCCGCCUCUCCACAGUCCUCCAUUGCCAAACUCAAGCCGGGCUUCAGUCCGGCUGAGCAUACUCCUCCCCCCCCCCCCCCCCCUUUUUUUUUAGGGAGUUGGGGGGGAAAAACUGCCGCGGCCACCUGUCUUUUCUUCUGUCGCGUCCUCCUCUUUGACCUUUUCUUUGUCUUCUUCUUUGUUGUUCUUUUCUUUGUCCUCCUUGACCUUUUUUUGUCUUCCUUGACCUCUUCAUCCUCCUCAUCAUCAUGCUCCGGCUCGUCCUCACCAUCAUCAUCUUCCUCCUCUUCUUCUUCAUCAUCCGAUUCUUUGUCAUCAUCAUCUGAUUCAUCUUUUUUUUCUUCAUCCUCUAAUUCAUCCCCUUCUUCGUCCAGCCUGACUUCUUCUUCAGUCAUUUUCUUGUCCGGUUCAUCCUCCCCAUGCUCUUCUUCGUCAUCAUCCUCAUCAUGGUCUUCCUCAUCAUCAUCAUACUCCUUUUCUUUUUCAUUGUGUUCUUCCUCUUCCUCCUCCUCUUCAUUCACUUCUUCUGUUGCAUGCUCCACCAGGUGUGCAUCUGUCUCCUCAGCGGGGGGCGCCUCCUCUGCACCGCAGUCUGCCUUUUUGUCUUCGAGGGGCAAUUCGCCGCCCGUCUGGUCCGCCAAUGCUCGCAGGAGCCGGCAAUUCUCACGGCUGCCUUCUGCGAGCUGUGUGAGCGCGCCGAUCAGGGCCUACAGGGGAUCGUCCUCCCCCGCCUUCGGUGAUUCGACCAAGUUGGGUCCCAGUUGUGACAGUCUUAAGCCGUCGUCGCUCGGGUUCAGCAGACCACCAAGGAAGGACAUGCUUUUGAGCAGGUGGAAUUCAGCACUACGAUGAGGUGGCGACUUGUCCAGGGUGUACACCGCCUUCCGCCCGAUUGUAGCUGAGAUAGGCGCCAGCGACCCCAAAAGGGAAUAAGCGGGUGGAUAGUGCCAUCUUCUGCUGCGUCAUUCACAGAAAACCUGUUUGGAAUGCUUUCAUCAAGUCCAUUUGGGGCGUUUUUGCUGGGCCAAAUGAAAAGCUUUGGAGGCCGGCUGUUGAUGUGUGGUGCGUGAUGAGUCUUGUGGGGUGGCCCGCACACUCGGAGGCGGCCAACAAGCUCCGCUGUGGCACAGACCUGCUCAACGACCUCCUGUUUGUGUGCGGCGAUCGCGGGAUCUAUUUUGGUAAGGGAGCGUGGUCCGGCUACGGAUCCCGGCCCAGGGGCAAGGGCAUCGUGGACAAGUGUUGCCGGUCCAACGGCUGCGAUCUGCAUCAUCUGGAGGUCUACUGCGCCAAGCCCAAGACGCCACAGCAGACCACGGCGAGGACGGGCAGCAGCACGCCACAGCAGACCACGGCGAGGACGGGCAGCAGCACGCCACAACAGACCACGGCGAGGACGGGCAGCAGCACGCCACAACAGACCACGGCGAGGACGGGCAGCAGCACGCCACAGCAGACCACGGCGAGGACGGGCAGCAACACGCCACAGCAGACCACGGCGAGGACGGGCAGCAGCACGCCACAGCAGACCACGGCGAGGACGGGCAGCAGCACGCCACAGCAGACCACGGCGAGGACGGGCAGCAGCACGCCACAGCAGACCACGGCGAGGACGGGCAGCAACACGCCACAGCAGACCACGGCGAGGACGGGCAGCAGCACGCCACAGCAGACCACGGCGAGGACGGGCAGCAGCACGCCACAGCAGACCACGGCGAGGACGGGCAGCAGCACGCCACAGCAGACCACGGCGAGGACGGGCAGCAACACGCCACAAAUGGACGCGGCCAGUGAGUUCCAGGCAGUGUUUGGGAAGAAGAGGCUCCUGGAACACCUGGGCCCUCCCCACAGUCCAAAGAGAGAGGCCCAGCGCAGCAGGAGCAAGGCAGGAAGUUGAAGCAGGAGCUGGCAACACAACAGACUGUCAAGCCUUUCAGUCAGGACUGCCUUGCGGUUUGAAGGCCACUGCCCGCGCCUUUUGGCAGUGCAUGCACACCGCUGCACAGCUUGCAGAUUCUCAUCAUCCCAUCAGACAAGAUAUUUAUUUAUUUUAUACAUUCUACUCCUAUUCUGGCAAUAGUUCCCUCACAUUUUUACUAUGUUUUUGAAGGAAAACUGCACUUUUUAUAUCCGCGUUAUUUAUGUGCCUUCUAGAUAGUGAAAAACUGCUAAUAAGAGGUGGGUAACAAUGCAUCUAUAUUUUGCCUCUAAAGCCCUCCAACAAUGUUUUAUAUGCAUGCUCUAAGUAUGUACAAGCCACCCACAAAUUUUCUAAAAUAUGUUUUUCCAUAUAUUAGCCGCACCUGACUAUAAGCCACAGAUAUAUACAUAUAUAUAUGUAUAUAUAUAUAUAUAUAUAUAUAUAUACAAUGGGGGCAACAAAGUAUUUAGUCAGCCAGCGAUUGUGCAAGUUCUCCCACUUCAAAUGAUGACAGAGGUGUGUCAUUUUCAUCAUAGGUACACUUCAACUGGGAGAGACAGAAUGUGGAAAAAGAAAUCCAGGAAUUCACAUUGUAGGAAUUUUAAAGAAUUUAUUUGUAAAUGAUGGUGGAAAAUAAGUAUUUGGUGACUUCAAACAAGGAAGAUCUCUGGCUCUCACAGACCUGUAACUUCUUCUUUAAGAAGCUCUUCUGUCCUCCACUCGUUACCUGUAUUAAUGGCACUUUUUUGAACUCGUUAUCUGUAUAAAAGACACCUGUCCACAGACUCAAACAGUCAGACUCCAAACUCCACUAUGGCCAAGACCAAAGAGCUGUCGAAGGAAACCAGGAAAAUAAUUGUAGACCUGCACCAGACUGGGAAGAGUGAAUCUACAAUAGGCAAGCAGCUUGGUGUGAAAAAAUCAACUGUGGGAGCAAUUAUCAGACAAUGGAAGACAUACAAGACCACUGAUAAUCUCCCUCGAUCUGGGGCUCCACACAAGAUCUCAUCCCGUGGGGUCAAAAUGAUCAUGAAAACGGUGAGCAAAAAUCCCAGAACCACACGGGGGACCUGGUGAAUGACCUGCACAGAGCUGGGACCAAAGUAACAAAGGUUACCAUCAGUAACACACUACGCUGACAGGGAAUCAAAUCCUGCAGUGCCAGACGUGUCCCCCUGCCUAAUCCAGUGCAUGUCCAGGCCCGUCUGAAGUUUGCCAGAGAGCACAUGGAUGAUACAGCAGAGGAUCGGGAGAAUGUCAUGUGAUCAGAUGAAACCAAAAUAGAACUUUUUGGUAUAAACUCAACUGGUGGUGUUUGGAGGAAGAAGACUACUGAGUUGCAUCCCAAGAACACCACACCUACUGUGAAGCAUGGGGGUGGAAACAUCAUGCUUUGGGGCUGUUUUUCUGCUAAGGGGACAGGACGAUUGAUCCGUGUUAAGGAAAGAAUGAAUGGGGCCAUGUAUCCUGAGAUUUGGAGCCAAAACCUCCUUCCAUCAGUGAGAGAUUUGAAUGCUUGACCAAAUACUUAUUUUCCACCAUAAUUUACAAAUAAAUUAUUUAAAAUUCCUACAAUGUGAAUUCCUGGAUUUCUUUUCCACAUUCUGUCUGUCACAGUUGAAGUGUACCUAUGAUGAAAAUGACACACCUCUGUCAUCAUUUGAAGUGGGAGAACUUGCACAAUCGCUGGCUGACUAAAUACUUUUUUGCCCCACUGUAUGUCUGUAACAUGGCAGUAAAACGGCUGAUCGAACAAAACAGAAGUCAUGGUCGAGAACCCGCUAGCUGCGGAAGCUAGCUCUCCAAUCAGCUAAACAGACUCAAUAACUGACGUUUUGCUGAAUUUACUGAGGAAUUUGUGAAAGUGAAACAAUACAAACAGAAUGCCAUUGUAAGUUAAUAAUACUAAACACAGACACUUGAUGACGUGUUAGCAUAUUAGCUCAUGCUAACUAGCAUCAUUACAUCACAAUAGCAGGUAUAAAUAUGCAUGAAAACACUCCUUCAGACGUCACACAUGGGACGCUCUAGUAAGUAAGAAUUAUUUUAGUGAUAUUGUAAAAUGUUGCUUGGAGUGAUGAAUGAAGAAUCCACAGCAGUAGAACCGCUAUGGAUGGUGAGAAGACAAAACGGCCCUUGUACUUCCGUUUCAGAGCUUUAAACAGCCGGAAACCCCAUAACACAAACAAUAACACACUAUUUAAGUGACUUUGCAAGUGUUUCAUGAAAACGAUUUGCUUUAUGGCUGUCAGCGAAUAAAAACCGACUAAGCUGCUCGCAGGGUUCAAAGCGUGGGAAAAAAGAAGUGGCUCAUAGUCCAUGUAGAAAUGUUCAUGAUAAGAUGUAAUGUUUAGAAUAUGUUCGUCAUAUAAGCAUCUCCAUGACGUUAGCAACAAACAUAGCGAUCACUUCACUUUGCCAUUUGCUAGCGCUAAUAGCAAACUUUGUGAACGCUUUGGAGUGUUGCCGACUGAUGGGGUGGUUGUAUCUUUCAGCACUUGUGCUCAAAUAACCCUCACUGAGAAUUCAUUCCUACAGUAAAUUGAGUUACAAAUUGAAAACAGGAAGUGAACAUAAGUGUUAGUAGUUAUGAUGAAGUGGAAAUGGGGGUGAGAUUAAAUCAGUUUUGCUUCUUCCUCCUCCUCUUCGGACGUGUUGAGAAGAGAAAUGAAAAUGAAAUGAUUAACAUAAAUGUCGACCAAUAUAGUAUCAGGUUGCUAGCAUGGGGAUUUUCAAUUGGUCAAACUUCCUGGUUUGGCGCCACAACCUCCUGCUUUACACGCCAGAUUGAUGAUGGAGCAUUAUAUUUUCUUAAUGCUCCAGCUACCUUGUCGUUGAGGGAGCAGAGGCCAGAAAAGUAGUUCCUCGGUGUUAGCACCUACAACAGCAAUGUGGCUGGAGAGGUUGGCUGUUUGUGGAUGUUUCUUUAGAGAAUGUUCGAUUUAUUUCUAUGGCCUUGUUAGCCACCUCUUACUAGCAGUUUUUCACUAUUUGAAGAAAGAAAAACGUGUCCUUUUCUGUCACUAAGACACUUUUCCUUUCAAGCACAUUUUCAAGCCCUUUUGGACGAGAAUAUUUGCAUAGUUUGUAAAGCAUCUCAGUAACAUCGUACACUAUUUAUUUCUCACUUUCUGCUUUUUCAAGUCAUAAAACCAUUUUGCUCAUGAAAAUCAUUUUGUCGGUGCUUUGGAUUUGAACAACAGAAAGUUGUUUGCCACAACGUGAGUCCGUGUUUGGACUUUGUGACACAGAUUGUCUUCGGAGGGCCAAGUUAUCUUGUCCCUCUGCAACACUUCACAAGGCCAUCUUGUGGGGGCGGGGCCACAUCGUGUGGGGGCGGGGCCACAUCGUGUGGGGGCGGGGCCACAUCUUGGCCAAAAGAUGGCAGUCGUACCUGCUGGAGCGACACGCUGGCUGUCCAAAGUCUGCUCAUUUGCCGGCUGUCCCAAAGAAGAAAAUCAAAGGAAAAACAUCCCAAUUGGGGGAAAAUAUUUUAAAAGACUAAUAAUAACAUGAAAUAUACGUGUCUUUUUUUGGUUUCUUACAAAUAAAAAACAAAAUGGCCCGACAGCCUAACUUAAAA